GGUUUAUUUGUUGAGCAGGAACCUCCCUAAAUCUACGCAGUAGGCCGCUCCGUGGGGCCAGUUCCUGCAACGAAGUUUGUUUAAAAUUGCAGAAACAAGAGCUCUACGGUGAACGGUUUCCCACCUCUUGUGCCAUGAGUCAAAUGUUUUGUUGGGGGUGGUUCAUUGUCUUGAUAGUGGUCAUACACAUAGAAGCUCAGAGGAAGUCUUCUUUAAAUAUCAACUCAAGAUGUCUUGGGAAUAUCAUGCGUGUGGAUGUCAGUCACCUUGGAGGAAAAGUUCUGGAAGUUGCUGCUGUCACAAAUAAUUCUUCCUUUCCUCUUACACCAACUUUGGCGUCUCAGUGUGGCUUCAGCUUCAAGAGGAACCCGCUGGGGAACACCUUUAUCUACGCCUCCCUUCAAAACUGUUUUGCACAGAAUGUGGCAGAUGAAACGUUCACAACGGUGCUGCAUAUUCGAGUAAGUUGGAACAGAAACGCAGCGGAUGAGCUGUACCAGGUGACUGAAACCUGCCACUACUCUGCUUGGGCCUCCAGGGAAAUUCUCUGUGACGGCAACUACGUGGAGGUGUCCGUGAAAAGGGCAGCUCCAGAUGACUACACCCUGCCUGGACACUCCAUCCCCGAGACUAACCCGAAGCUUAGCGAUCACAGAAGAGCUGCAGGGAAUCCACCUUUAGAUGCGGCAUUCAGAAUCACAACAGUCGUGUUCUUCACACCCGAGGAGUGGGUGAUGAAAGCGGAAGAUGCCCGGAGAAGUGGAUAUUGGAUAGCGAGCACUCCUACCAGGCUGGUUCUGAGGACUCCAAAGAAUUACCCGGCAACAUACGCCCAGAACGUAGCAGGGGUUCCCUUGAAGGUGUUCAGAACCUCGACGAUCUUUGAACAGAAGUGGCUGGCAACUCAAAUUGACGCAACGGCUGCUUGUCCGAUGCUGGAGGGCAGCGUAUCCAUUGGUCCUGAGACGAUCACCUGGUUCCUGCCUCAACACAUCGACCCGCUGGUUUCCUCCCAACAGUUCACACUGUUGGAGGUGCACAUGGGAAUCGACGGCGAGAGGCUCGACCCCACCGAGAUGCAGGCCAGAGGGUACUCGAUGUCCGUCAACGACAAACACGUUGUCGUUGUAAUCCCUGUCGGGGCGGUCGGUGGACACUAUAAGAGUCACGCUCAGGACAAUCAAUACCUCAUCUCUUACACAAUUGAACCAAUGCUCGAGCUGCUCUGGGCCGAAGAUGCCGCUCACGAGGACACGAGAUACAAAGUCCUCCUUCCCAUCUCAAUGACUUUUCAGCCACAGCAACUUCAAGUUACAGACAGCACUGUUCCAGAGGAGGGGAUGUUUAGGGUGGUGCUUGGGCAGUUUGCCCUCGAUGUGGCGCUACUGAACGUUACCUUCCCAUAUGGGGCUUUGUCCGUGAGAGACGCCAAUGCCAGAGGCUUUAACAUCCAGGAGCACCUCACCCCUGAUGGCAACAUGAAGGUCUACACACUUGAAGUGCCCUUCACAGACCCCCUCGUUCUACAGAGGAAGGCACAGGGGAGCAUGGUCUACGCUCUUCACAUAACCUUUGAUUUGCUGGUGUUGGAGGAGUUUGUUCCGUUUUCUCACACUGCUUAUCUGGAAGCUAUUGUAGUAGACAUAGUUGCCCCCUCCAUCUCCGGUGGCUGUAAUUAUCAGACCUUCUAUGUCUUUGUGACGCAUGGGUCUCAGGGCUACAACUUUGAGACCGUAGUGGGAAAACGAAUCCUUAGUCCGGAUUUGGCUCAGCAGUACAGCUUAACGGACAACGGGACACACUUCCGUUUUGAGGUGCCCUUUUCGUCCCCUGAUGUUGCAUAUGAGGCUGUCGAGUCAUCCUCCAUUAGGGGCAGGCUGGAUGUGCAUUUGAGAAUUCCGGAAACAAACGCGAAUAUUCAAGAGUUCUCUGUGGGCUGCAGUUUCCUCUCCACACUCACUGAGUGCUUCCCAAACGGGACGAUGACCGCUCUGGCUGUGAAGCUGGAGUCUGUCCCCAGCCUGAACCCCAGUCAGCUGACGCUCAGCGACCCCAGUUGUGGUCCCACCUACAGCGAUGACCGCUACGCCUACUUUGUCUUCACUGGGAACACCUGCGGGACCACCAGAAGGUUCUUGCCCAACGCGAUGGUGUAUGAAAAUGAAAUCUCUCUGCCGGACGACCUCGAAAAGAGGCAGCAGUCAGACUCGGAGGAAGCAGAGUUUGAGUUAAAAGUUGUGUGUUACUACAACAUCAACACAACCCAUGCUGUGGCCUUCCACUCCAGACCACGCAGGAGUGAACCGUAUGCUGAAAAUGCAAAAGGAGAGCUGCAAGUAGAGAUGAGACUUUCCUUGGAUGAAUCCUUCAUCGAGUUUUACAUGCUCGAGGACUUUCCCAUAACCAAGUAUCUGCAACAGCCGCUGUAUUUUGAGGUGGAGCUGAUAAGCGCCGCAGAACCCACCGUGUCACUGGAGCUGGAGAACUGCUGGGCGACGCUGAACGAAGACUGGAUGUCCCAGCCGAGAUGGAACCUCAUCAUCAAUGGCUGUCCGAACCCGAUCGAUCCGAACCAGGUGGUGUUCCAUCCAGUCCAGACUGACGACAGAGUUCAGCAUCCCUCUCACUACAAGCGCUUUGAGGUCCAGAUGUUUGCCUUUUCUGAAAACCAGGAAGACUUGAGUGAUAAGCUCUACGUCCACUGCGAUGUUUUCCUCUGUGAUGCCAGAAAUCCCAUGGGUGGAGUUUGUACCGGGCCGUGUUCAAACCAAGAAAAUAAGAUGAGAGGUCAAAGACGUGCCAACUUGGAUGAACAAAGUUUCAACUAUACAUCACUGGGACCAAUAAUUUUGGGUUGAUACGAAUAAAAGAUUUUAAGAACUG